AUGGGUGAUACUACUACAGACACUAUUAAUACGCAUGACAAGAAUUAUAAGAAGACAAACGAACUACCAACAAUGAAUCCUGAAACAUUGAAUUCGGCGACAACUGCUGAUGAAUCAACCAAUUAUACGGUAGCACAAAGGUCAACACAGAAGUUAGGAUCUUAUAGAACCAAAGCUGGUAAGUUUUCUACUACUAUAGGUAAUAUAUUACCUUCCCUAAGUGCAAAGUUACACCAUUCAAAGAAAAAUGAGAAGAGUAAAGAAAAUGAUCCAUAUUCAUCCAGUAAUAGUAGUUCCGAGUCCAAUACAAAUAUUGCAAAUAAAACGCACACAAGUAUAUUUAAUAAGAAGGUUGAAGCGUCUACGGUACAAGGAAGCUUUGUUGAUAAUGGAAGUGUUGAUUUUAGAUCAACGGUUGAAAAAAAUACUACUAAUACUAUGUUCAAUAUUGAUGGUUCCACCAAAUAUAUGUUAGAUCUAGAAGGUACAUCCCCGCAAACACAGCGUCAAUUUAAUAAUCUUUCUAUGAUACCAGGAUUGAGGCAAAGAGAAAACACUCUUUCAUCACAAAUAUCCGAUAUGUCCUCAAUCCCUGGUAAUAAUACAUUCCUUUGGCCUGUUACUGAUCCUGCCACCUCCAACUUAUUAGCUACUGAAAAUACCGAAGCAGAUGGACCAAAUUCAAAUCUGGGCACCUUAAUUAGAUCUAUGACAAAUGAAUUGAUUGAUAGCAGUCACUCAAGUUUGAAUAAAAAUAUUGGUUAUGAUGAAAAUAAUAUAACAAAUACAACAGGGAAUCUGGAUGUGAAACGAAGAGCUCAGUCAAUUAAUUAUCAUAUGUUUGAUGGCCCAAAGCUACAAAAUAAUGAACGUCGUAGAGCUAAUACAACUUUCGUUCCUAUUCAGCAGCAGCAAGAUGUCACCUUGUUACUUGAUAACGUUGACCCAAUGUCUCUUAACUGGGUUUCUGCAAGUCCAGCAGUUCCAUCAGCUAAUAGAGUAGGAAAUUUAGGACCUACAAACACGAUCUUAUUUACAAACAUAUUUCCAGUACCACAACAUUCCUUACAAGCUCAACCAAUGGUUCCUGCACCUAUAACAAGUGCAUCUUUGGCUAGUUUGUGUUCCAAGUUUGGACAUGUGAUAUCUUCAAGGAUCUUGGGUGGUCUAGAGUUUCCUUUGGCCUUAGUGGAAUUUAAUUCAAUAGAAGCUGCUAUACAUACCAUGGAAAAUUUACAAGGGAGAGAUCUUUCUGGUGCUGGUGUUCCCACCAUCCUAGCAUUCGCUAAAAUUUUGCCUGGAUAUGUACAACAACAGCCACAGUUACCUCCUGUCACGAAUUCUUUUCCCAUUGCACAGACAUCUGACAAUGCCCCUCAUUCGUUAUUACAAGAGCAACUGUAUAACAUGAAUAACAAUAAUUCCCAUGGAUUUAUUCCACAAGGGAAUGUUCUUCAACUUUCUGGAUUUCCCACCCAAACAAGAGGCCAAUCUCAUCCCAUGCACAUGACUACAAAUGGGAAUCAUUCAGCUAUGCAUAUCAAAGCUACUGAGAAAGAAAAAUGUCCAUUCCAUUUACCUCCACCACCAUUCAAGGAUAAUCAAAUGUUAUUUCAGCAAAUAAUUAGUUCAUUCAACGUGGAUUACGACCAAGUCCAAGUUAACCACAUACUUAUGAACGCUCUCGAAAGCAAAACACGGACAUCUGAUCCGAACAAUUAUGGACCAUUACCAACCCCAUUAUUAAAUAGAGAAUUUGAUACUCCAAGAUUACGGGAAAUAAGGAAAAACAUUGAUUCCAAUUCCUUAACUACAAUUGAAAUUGAGCAACUUGCCAUCACAAUGCUUGAUGAAAUUCCUGAAUUAAGUUCAGAUUACUUAGGGAAUACAAUUAUUCAAAAAUUGUAUGAUAAUUCAUCAGACAUAAUUAGAGAGAUUAUAUUACAAAAAACAGCUAAGUACUUAUGUUCAAUAGGGGUGCAUAAGAAUGGUACUUGGGUUUGUCAAAAAAUGAUCAAGAUGGCACAAACUCCGAGAAAAAUGCAAAUAAUUACAGAUGGAAUUCAAGAUUAUUGUACUCCACUAUUCAAUGAUCAAUUUGGUAAUUAUGUGAUUCAAUGUGUAUUGAAAUUUGGAUUUCCCUGGAACACAUUCAUCUUUGAAAACAUAAUUGAUAAUUUUUGGACUAUUGCUCAAAAUCGAUAUGGUGCUAGAGCCAUUAGAGCCUGCUUAGAGACUCAGGAUGUAAUUACACAAGAACAAUCUCUGGUAAUAAGUACUAUGAUUAUAUUGUAUGGAGAAUAUUUAGCUGUUGAUGAUAAUGGUACUUUAUUGAUUAGUUGGCUAUUAGACACAAGCCCCUUACCAAAUAAACAUGUCAUAUUAACUCAAAAGCUAAUUCCGCAUCUUAAGAGUCUAUGCUGUCAUAAACUUGGUUCAUUAACCGUAUUGAAAUUAUUGAAUUACAGAGGAUCAGAUAGUGCUAAGAAUCUUAUACUGGAGACUGUUUUUGGUAAAGUAGAUAAUAACGGAAUACAUGAAUCACCAUCAAUCCUAAUAGAAUUGUUGAAUGAUUCAAACUAUGGCCCAAAUUUUGUAUACAAAACACUAAUCUCCAGAGUCUUUGACGGUAAUGCUAAGCACCAUAUUAUUAGGCAAGUUCAUGACUUACUAUUGGAAAUCAACCCAACGCAUCAACAUCGUCGUUUAAUGGAAGAAGUUGGGUUGAUUCCAAUGAACCACCAAGGUUACCAAACCAGAGCACACAAAUCUUUUAGUCAGGUAAUGGAUCAUGCAGGUAAUAUCAGAACCGGAUCAAUAUCUAGUAUUAGAAGUGGAAAUAGUAUAUUAUCUCAGGGACAACCUCCAACGUCUCAACCAAUUUUGAACUCGUAUAAUGGUGACAACGGUAGCCAGAACAUAUUAAACCCAUAUAACUCUAAUACGAUGCCCCACAAUGGUGGUAUACCACCUCAGGGUUAUUAUCAAGGUACUACUACAAAUAAUAUUCCAGGACUGAAUUUUGGCGGUAAAGGGUAUAAUGGAGUUUAUCAGAUGCCACUAAAUGAUACAAACAAUUUUAACAACAAUAAUAAUUUUGGGAACACUUUUGAAAUCCCAAAUGCAGUAAAUGCAUCUAAUUUACCAGUACCAAAUGUUCCUUCAACCCUAAACAGAACUACAAGUAAUAGCACUACAGGAACAAAUGGUACAAGGUAUAGCAUGUUUGGAUACUACUAA